AUGGUGAUUCUCUCUUUUGAUGGCUCUUUGAGAGGAUGGCUCUUUGAGAGGAGGAAGCGAUCAGCAGCAGCAGCUGAGCCGCGAAUCCAGCGGAUCCCAUCACCGGUCGGAAGAUCCAUUUGGGGAGAUUCCACCAUGGAGCGCAUUGUGAACAAAGACCCUCGUCUUUAUGGACCUGGUCCAGUGAGGCGCAUCCCCACUGCUUACUACGCCAGGAUGACCCCUUUGGCUGGAUUCGCAAGCUGUGCCGCACACGGUGUUGCCAUUGGCAUCGUUGGUGGAUUGUUUUUCAAGUUCGCCAUGGGUGAUCCCAAGACUCGAACCAUCGAAGAGUACUACAAGGAAAACCCUCCCAAAUAG